UUAAUCAGAUGAUGAGGGGGGAGAGUGUUCGUUAGAGCGGAACAAAUAAAACCACAAUACAUUUAACAGGUGAUUAGGAGAAGUGCAGUACAACAUAGCAACCAGACAAACACAGGUUUCUCAGCAGUCUGACUCCACCGGCCAUGGAUUAUUAUGGGAUUAUAUGGGCCCAGGCUGCACAAGUGUGGAUGAGUUGUAUGGAAUUGUUAAUGGAAUUGUAAAGAGAAGUAACAGACUGAGACUGAGAAGCUGAUCACACACACUGCUUGUAUAGGGGAGGGGCAUCACAAGGAAAUAUGGUUGGAAAAAAACUAGCCUGGCUUCCUGUAAAACCGGAAUUACUGGGUGCAAGUGCCUGAACCACCAACGGACUGCCCCAAAACAGACUCAGAGCAAGGAGAAGGGAGUAUCGGGCUGAUUAAGAGGGACACAGAGGCUAAGGCUGACAGGGCACAGGCUGAUAGAGAGGGGCACAGAGGCUAAGGCUGACAGUUGGGGCACAGGCUGAUAGAGAGGGGCACAUAUGCUAAGGUUGACAGUUGGGGCACAGGCUGAGAGGGGCACAGAGGCUAAGGCUGACAGUUAGGGCAAAGUCACACAGGCUGAUAGAGAGGGCACAGAGGCACAGGCUGAUAGACAGAGGCAUAGGUUGAUAGACAGGGGGACAGGUUGAUAGAGAGGGGCACACGCAUAGGGAAAGACAGCAAAUAAGGCAAGGACCACAGCAGGGAAACAGCAAGAGGCAAAGGGGUAAUAAGGGCCUGCAGGAAACAGACACAAGACACCGAUAUAGAGGCAGUGACAAAGAACUGGGAAGAGACACACUGGAAAAUAAAAACUACAGUAGGUGAACGGAAAAUCAGGGAGCUAUAAAAAGACAAGAAGGAGCAGAUCAGGUUGUUGGAGUGAGAAAUGGAAGCACAGGGGGAGCACCCUCCAGAGGUCACAGCAGCUCAUGGGACCAAAGACGCCAGUUUGCCUGCCCACCCUAUGUACACUCAAGAGCCGAGAGCUUCAUUUACUCCCCAAUACAUCAGCCCAACAGUAGAGCGCCCGAAAGAGGACUUCUUCAUCUUCAGGCCCCGUCUACUGGAGCAGGCUAUACAGGAUCUGAAGAACCAGCUCUCCAAGGACGAAGAUGGGGACAUGAGGACCGUCUGGAUACUAACAACGAUCAGCCACUGGGGCACAGAGAAUGAGGUGCUGGUGCUGCUGUGUGAUCGUUCUCUCCUGCUCUGCUACUAUGACUUUGUGGGGCUCUGCAGCUCCCGGAUCUUCCGCAUCCCACUCAAUUACAUUGAUACAGUGACAUGGGGGCCGCUGUCAUAUCCCAAGACUGCCCUGCACAAGCACGAGGGCCCUGCUCUCCAGGUGCAGUGGGACAAGCUCCGACCUCCACCUUCUUUUGUAUCAAGAUGGAAUCCAUGGGCAGAUCUUCCCUAUGUCAUUCUCACCCAGCACCCAGGAUCCACAAAUAAGGCAGAAAUGCACGGGAUGUGCCAGUUGGAGCAGUUCAUGGAACACCUAGUGGAAUCGGUGAGAUUGUCCUAUACACAAAACCCCCUCCCGGGCCGAGACAAUGGCCUGCUGGUCCUUCACAGACCUGUGAACAUGGAGACAUCUCUGGGGCUCAUCUCACUGCUGAACACAAGCAUCCAGUUGGGGUACGCCAAGUCCAGAUCUGGCUUUGGAUUCUGAGCGGUUGAUCUAGAAUGGGAAUGUUCCAGGUGGCACAUCAAUGGCUCAAUGUAAUGUAUCAGAGAAGACUUGGGGUUGGUGUGGCUCGACUUCAGUGUGCUUCAAAGGCCAAUAUGAAGAACCACAAAAUAUGGACGUAGGGUAACUAGCAGAGAACAGUAUAUUAUAAUGAGGAAUAGCACCAUGUUGGAUUUCACCUUGAGGCCUUCACUGAUCGGCUCUUAUCUAGACUUCUCCACACGUUGAGAUCUGGAGACAUCUCUGUGCCGACAUUGAUUGGGUUCAAGGUUCUGCAAUAGAUUAUGAUUGGCCAAACAAAUCAUCCAACACAUUUGGACUGUCCUUGUCAGAGACUAUGGUCAGUCCACAGAAAGCCAUGUAUGACCUAUGGCGAAAUAUUGCUAUUAUAAUGUUGGAUUAUUUGUCUUAAGCCAAGUAGGACAUGUUUACUUGUUAUUUAUCUACAAUUCAAGCGACUAAACAUUCCAGCAAGUCCUAAUAUUCUUGUGUGUACAGGUAUGGGAUCUGUUAUCUGUAAACCCAUUAUACAAAAAGCUCCGAAUUACAGAAAGGUUGUCUCCCAUAGACUACAUUGUAAUCAAAUAAUCAAGAGUAUUUCCUUUUUCUCUGUAAUAAUAAAGAAAUUGAAAUUGCAGUGCAGUUGUGCUUGUCUGGGUAACCAGCAGUGCAGUUAUGUGGGUAAAUAGCAGUGCAGUUGUACUCAAUCCCAACUAAGAUAUAAUUAAUCCUUAUUGGAAGCAAAACCAGCCUAUUGGGUUUAUUUCAUGUUUAUAUGAUUUUCUAGUAGACUUAAGGUAUGAAGAUCCAAAUGACAGAAAUAUCCCUUAUCAGGAAAACCCCAGGUCCUGAGCAUUCUGGAUAACAGGUCCCAUACCUGUAUAUGGAAAUAUCAUACUGUUGAUUGCUUUCUUGAAGGCACUUUAUGAAUAUAAUUACCAGAAUAAUGUGUGUAUAUUUUAAAGGGGACCAGUCACCCAGACAUAAAAAGAUGUUUAAUAAAAUGUCCAAAUUUAAUAUGAAAA